CCAAUCAUGGCCGAAGCGGAUGAUGACGACGCGUUCUUCUUCAGCGAGGAUUGCUUGAUCCACCGCCCAUCCUGAGUGCAGAUGCGGCAACAGAUCCCAAACUCAGAGCUCCGAUUCCGACGAAAUCGCAUUAUAUCGCCACAACCGACGAUGGAUAACCCCAAAUCAAGGGCCGCCGAAGCCGCCACUGCAGGCGGCGGAAUCUGUCCAUCAUACAAGAAAUACGAGAUCCGCCACCGACUCCCAAAUCCAAAAAUCGCCGCACUCUUAGUGAUCGACAUGCAGAACUACUUCUCCGCCAUGGCCAAACCCAUCUUCUCCAAUCUCCUCACCACCAUCCGUCUCUGUCGCGCCGCCUCCAUCCCCGUCAUCUUUACCCGCCACGCUCACGCCUCUGCUUCCGACAACCCCAUCCUUAGCGAGUGGUGGGACGGCGAUAUCAUCCUCGACGGCACCCCUGCCGCCGACCUCAUCCCUAAUCUCGACCGGCAGGCUACGGACGAGGUCAUUCGGAAGAACACCUACAGCGCGUUCAGGAACACGCGACUAGAAGACUGCCUAAAAGAGAAGGGCGUGGAAGAGGUGAUUGUAACAGGGGUUAUGACGAACAUCUGCUGUGAGACGACGGCGCGUGAGGCGUUCCUGAGAGGGUACAGAGUGUUCUUCUCCACCGACGCGACGGCGACGGUGGACUUAGAGCUACACGAGGCAACGUUGAAGAAUUUGGCUUAUGGAUUCGCUUACUUGGUGGAUUGCCAAAGGCUCCAAGAAAUUUCAGGUAAUUGAAACUCCAUGCCUUAUCUACUACUAAGUUUUCUUUUCUCCAAAAUAGUUGGAAUCAUUUCAAUGUUGGUUAAUAAUUAGUUUUAAAAUGUUAAUCAAUUAGCAAUUGGAAUGUACAAGUGAUUGUAGCUGACAGAAUAUGUGUUAGUGGUAAUGGGGCUGAUUGAAGUGGACAUUUGUCAACGUAGAGUUGACUUUAGAAAAAAGAAUUAUACGGACCAAAGUUCUAGCUAGCUAGCUGAUUUAGUCAACCCAUGCAACUCAUAAGAGUGAAUAUAUUCUUUCAAACCAUGCAAACAGCUAUAAAUAGAUAUCAAACUCUCUUAGUUUCUGCAA